AUGAGUGAACUGAAAGAAGAAGGAAUAAAAGUAUCCCAGAAUAUUGAAAUGAAACAUGACGAGAACAUAUUACUUACAUCACCAAUUUGUGAUACGAAUGAUAAUAAAAAAAGGAAAGAAAGUGUAGAGGAUAAUAAUGAACAGGUUGUGAUGAAGAGACGAGCCUUAUUUCAGGAGGACAGUGGUGUAGAUGUUCAUGUACAUGUAGAUGAGAUUGUUGAGGUGCAAACGGAUUGUUUGCGCGACGAACAGGAGAAAGAGGAAUGUGAAAAGCAGGGUAAAGGUGAGGAUAAAGAGGAAGCAAAUGAGGAAGAAGAGGAAGAAGAUGAUGAGGAUGAAGAAGAUGAGGAUGAAGAAGAAGAUGAGGAUGAAGAAGAAGAUGAGGAUGAAGAAGAAGAUGAGGAUGAAGAAGAAGAUGAGGUUGAAGAAGAUGAGGAUGAAGAAGAAGAUGAGGAUGAAGAAGAUGAGGAUGAAGAAGAAGAUGAGGUUGAAGAAGAUGAGGAUGAAGAAGAAGAUGAGGUUGAAGAAGAUGAGGAUGAAGAAGAAGAUGAGGUUGAAGAAGAUGAAGAUGAGGACGAGGAUGAAGAAGAAGAUGAGGAAGAAAAUGAGGAUAAAGAAAAAGAGGGUGAGGAUGAAGAAGGAAGUCAGGAAGACAAAGACCCAUACCUUCUCAAAGAUGCAACGUACAUCCAAAAAAAUCAACUGUGGAAAAACAGACAGAGAGUCCUAAUUGUUAGGUCUCCUCUAAAAAAAAAGAAUUGCAGAUCGUUCAUUGAAAAUUUAAAGUUGUUGCUGCCACAUCAUAAGAAGGAAAGCAAAUGGAAUAAAAAGGCCAGAAAAAGCGACUUAUGUGACAUAAGUUACAGCAGAAAUUGUAAUAACAUAAUAUUUUUUGAUAUAAAAAAAAGACGGUAUUGUUUAUGGAUAUGUAAAAAUAUAACGGGACCAUCAUUAUAUUUCGAGAUAUUAGAUUACAUUCCACUACACAGCUUAAUAUUUUCAGGUAAUUGUUUAUUAUAUUCAAGACCCCUUUUAAUUUUUAGUAAACCCUUUGACCAAUUAGAACAUUUGAAAUUAAUCAAAGAAGUUUUUAUUCAAGUGUUCGGAACUCCCAACUAUCAUCCAUUAAGCAAGCCUUUUUACGACCACUGUUAUAGUUUUGUGCACGUGAAUAAUUUAAUAUACUUUAGACACUAUCAAAUAAUGCCCAUAACCUUAGCAGAUUCUAAUAAUGUUAAUAAGCAAAAGUUAGUAGAGAUUGGACCCAAGUUCACACUGCACAUUAUUAAAAUAUUUGAAGAAUGUUUUAAAGGAAGAGUUCUUUAUGAAAAUGUAAAAUACAAGAACUAUGUUACCCCGCAGCAAGUGCGCAUGAAAAAAAAUGCGAGUAAAAAAAUGAAGAAUUUAAAGAAAAAAAAGAAAAUGUUUAAUAGGUUGAAGGAUAUCAGAAUUCCGAUUAAGACCGACAUUGAUUUUUAA